AUGGCAAAUCAGAACAAAAUGUUACCAAGAGUAUGGAUCUUCAUUUGUUUAUGUUUAUUUAAGACAGAUUCGCCAAAGGGAAUUAUUAUGACCAUCCGUUUUACCAAGCGGGGAAAUGAGCAGGGAAAUUCAAAAUUUUUCAUCCAAUUCCAUCUCGUUGCUAUGGUUGCAUUUGGCUUGGGUUACUUGGUUACCUAG